AUGAAGUCCUGGACCAUCGUUCUCGUCGCCACUGGCCUGGCGUCAGCACUCAGCAUCCCCCGCCCCAUCGACGCCCGCGCCGACUUUUCCAUCGCCAUCCAGCAGGCCGGUGCCGCGCCGCCCGCCGCCGGGGAGGCCGCCGCACCCCCUGCUGCCGGUCAGGCCGGCGAGGGCGAGGCCCCCGCCGUCGAGGAAGGCCAGGACGAGGCCGGCGCCGAGGAGGGCGCCGCUUCGCCGCCUGCCGAAGAGGCCGCUCCCGUCGAAGAGGCUGCUCCCGAGGUGACGGCCCCGCCCGCCGAGGGUGAGGCACCUGCCGAGGGUGACGCUGCCGCGUCGGAGAGCCUGGCCGAGUCCAGCACCACCACCGAGGAGGCCGCCCAGGAGACGGCACCCCCGGCUGAAGGCCAGGACGGACAGAACAACGACGACAACAACAACGAUGACAAUGACGAUAACAACAACAACAACAAUGAUGGAGAGGACGGCCAGGGAGGCCGCGGCGGUAAGAAGAACAAGAACAACGGCAACAACAUCAUCGACGAGAUCCUCGGCGGCGGCGGGCAGGGACGCGGCGACAAGAAGGGCCAGCAGGCGGCGCUCACGCAGGCCAUUGUCCAGCUGACACAGGCCAUGGGUCUCGGCGGCAUCCUCAACCUCAACGGCCUCGCCAACGUUGGCAUCGGCCAGGAGCUCCAGCUGCUGCUCCAGCUGCAGCAGAUUGCGCAGAUCCAGUCGGCGGGCUUCAUCACCCAGGUCGACAUUGUGGGACUGCUGCAGCAGAACCAGCUCUUUGGAGGACGUGGAGGCAUCUUCAAGCGCCAAGAGAAGCUGCUCGUCAGCAAGGCGUAG